GCCGAAAGUUGAUGCUGGAGAUGAUAGUAAAUUGCAUACAUACCAUACAUAUGUACAUUGUACUUAUGAAAAUCCACUGAUUAAUAAAUAGAUAGAUAUUUGUAAAUAUUAUUGGUAGAGGUUUUUCGAGAGAGCGACAUUGAUUGAUUUCUUAAUAACAUUGGCGCUUUUAGUUCUCAAUUUAGUGUCGAUCAGCAAAGACGUUUCAAGUCUUAAAAGUAUAGAAAUAUGAAAUUAAAAAAUAUAUAUUUACUGAUUUUCGUGGAAUUUACGGUGAAUAUCAUACAAUUUGCUAACGGUGAUGGCAUGAUAGAGGUUUUUGGCUGGAAACAAAUGGAUUUUUACAAUCGUGGCGAUAGAGUUCCGAACGAUAACGGAAACAUAGGUGGUGCUGUAGGAGAUGGACAUCAAAAUCGACCGCCAUCCGGUACAAUCGUGUUCCCCGAUCAACUACAUGGUUUGCUUGAAAGUGAUAAAAGAAGCAAACGUGCAACCGAUAAGCGAAUAACAUCUCGCGAUGACCCAUUGAUCAAUAUCGAAAAUCGGUUACAAAUUGAAGACGCAAACGUUUCUUACAUUCCAUACAAUAAUGUACCCAUGGGCGUGACACACUACAAGGGCCGAUUAUUUAUUACAAUGCCGCGACGUCGUAUCGGUAUACCGUCCACCUUGAAUUAUAUCGACUUACAGAACGAUGGCAAACAAUAUAGUCCGAAACUGCAUGCAUAUCCCGAUUUCGAAACAAACUAUCUAAAUCCAAAUUUUCCUGCAAAUCCCAAACGCAUUAUUUCGGUUUAUCGCACCACGGUGGAUGCAUGCAAACGCUUGUGGUUCAUCGAUACGGGCAUGCUUGAGUAUCCCAACAAUCGCAUGCAGGUGCAGCAACCGGCAAUUUGGGUGAUUGAUUUGUCGAACAAUCGGGUAUUGCAUCGCUAUGAAAUACCGGAAAAUAUAGUAGACACAGGUCGGGGACUAGCAAGCAUAACUGUAGAUGUUUUUGAGCGAGCAUGCAACGAAGCCUUCGCCUACAUACCCGAUCUGGUGAACCGACAGUUAUACGUUUUUAGUCUAGAUGAUAACCGUAUGUGGGGCUUCAGCCAUAAUUACUUUAACUUCGAUCCACUGGCUGGUGAUCUGCAAAUCGGUGGUCAAACCUUCCGGUGGGAUGACGGUAUCUUCUCGAUAACACUUGGUCCAUAUGCAUCGGACGGCUAUCGUACGGUGUACUUCCAUCCGAUGGCUAGCAAUACGGAAUUCGCGGUGGACAGUAGCGUGCUGCAGAAUGAGGCUAAUGCCGCACGUAGCGAUCAUGGCAACGAUUUUCAUCCAUUGGGUAGUCGUGGAGGCAAUCGACAAUCCACUAUGCAUUCUUAUGAUCUAAGGAGCGAUAUUAUUUUUUAUGCGGAAAUACAACGUAACGGUGUUGGUUGUUGGAAUACAAAUAAACCAUUUUCCGCACAAAAUCAUGGUACAGUGGCACAGGAUGCUCAACGUAUGAUAUAUCCCAGUGAUUUGACGAUUGAUGAUGAAGACAACAUCUGGGUGAUGACCAAUUCAAUGCCGAUAUUUAUUUAUUCUACACUUGAUCCAAAUGUGGUGAAUUUUCGCGUGUGGAAACAGAAUGUCUAUGAAGCUGCAAAGAAUACUGUCUGUGCGCCCUAAUUUAUAAUUUUAUAUAGGAAAUAAUUUACAAGCAUUUCUGUAAAUAAUUUUCAUUUUUCUCAAAUGUUGGUGAGUUAAGAAUAUUUGUAAUUUUGUAAUAAUAAAGAAAUAUUUGCCUCAUGUUGAUUAUACUUUUUUUUAUAAAAAUUCAAACACAAAAUUAAAAAUAAGAAGUAAUAGUAUUAAGUUUUAUCACGUUGUCCAUAUGCGAGUAACUAAAAUUACAGGCACUAUAAUAUUGCCUGAAAAUGUUAGAUGUUCCAAUGGGUAUAGAAAUUUUUCAUUAUUUAAAGAACUAAUUUUUUCGUAUGCGAUUUUUGUCUAAAUGUUUUUGUUGUUGACUUUUUUUCGGUACAUAACAUAUUAGUGUAUGUCAUUAUAAUACUAAGUAGUUUUAAAUUUUACAAAAAUUUAGUUGUAUAUUCUAAAUACAAUAAAUUUCAACCUAUAUAAUAGUAUGCACUAGUAUAAUAAGAGAAUACAAAGUUGCAAAAAUACAUAUGAACAUCUUC